UGUAAGUAAAUUAAUACCUUUUGUUCUCACUCUAUAAAUUCUAAGUUGUUUCACAUAACCAAAUCAUCCAAGCAUCAAAGUGAAAAGAAGCAAGAAAAAGAAGAAAGAGAUCAAGAUUGAUUAAAGAGAUGGAAAACAAAGCAAGAGCUAUUGCCUCCUUAGUACUAGUUGUAGUUUUAUAUGCAACGGGUUUGAUUACUCCAGGAGUAGUAGCUCACGAGGAACCACUACAAUCAAAAUCUCCACCGAGUUCUCCUAUCGAUUUAGAGAAAUGUUGGUCAUCUCUCUUCAACGUCCAUGGAUGCGUACUCGAGCUAUGCAAAUCAGUUUUCAGUGGAAAGUUUGGAAACGUUGGAAUCGCGUGUUGCAAGGCAUAUUCGACCAUUGAUGCUAACUGUUGGCCUCAUAUGUUUCCGUUGAACCCGUUCUUUCCACCUCUUCUUAAAGACAAUUGUGCACACAUUGUUCCCAACUUGCCCGCACACUAG